GCAAACCCUUUGCCAAGACUUCUAGAAAUGAAAUUGAGGAAUUCUUCUCUUUUCCAUAAUCUAACUCGAAGAUACUUCUUCAACCUCUCUCACGGUUUUCAUUAUAAUUCCGUCUUUGGAAUUAUUACAAUCAAUUGUACCCUUUUUCUUUCGCAGGUUGAUUUGCUAAGAGCUCCGACUAUUUCAUGUCUCUACUCUCUGCACAUGAUCCGGCAAUGGCUGCUGCAUCUUCUUGUCAGUGGCGCUACGAUGUUUUCUUGAAUUUUAGGGGAAAAGACACCCGCAAUGGCUUCACUGCCCACCUCUAUGAAGCACUGUGCAACUAUGGGAUCGAGACUUUCAUGGACGCCAAUGAAGUUGCCAAAGGCGAGAAAAUAUCGCCAGCACUUGUUACAGCAAUUGAAAAGUCCAUGUUUUCCAUUGUUGUCUUCUCUAAAAACUAUGCUUCUUCCACAUGGUGCUUGGAGGAGCUUGUGAAGAUCCUCCAGUGCAAAAACACCAUGGAACAAACAGUUUUACCCAUCUUCUACAAUGUGGAUCCUUCUGAUGUACGAGAACAGAAAGGGAGUUUCGGAAAAGCCUUAACUAAACAUGCACAGAAGUCGAAGGAGAUGGAGAAAGUGCAGAUUUGGAAGGAGGCUCUCACUGAAGUUGCCAGUUUAUCCGGCUGGGAUUCCAGGAAUAAGCCUGAGCCCAUGCUUAUCAAGGAAAUCGUUGGACAUAUUUCGAAUAGAAUGAUUUGCAGAUCCUCAAAGGACACCGAGCUGGCCAUAAAUGGGGAAGAUGUUCUCACUAUAGGAAUCUGGGGCAUGGGGGGAAUUGGGAAGACGAUCCUUGCCAGAGCUGUUUUUGAUCACUUCUCUGGCCAAUUUGAAGGUUGCUGUUUUCUUGAAAAUGUUAGAGAAGAUUCGGAAAAAUAUGGCUUACUUUAUUUGUAUAGGAAGCUUUUUUCCCAGCUAUUAGGUGCGUCCAGUUCCAGCACAGGGUUCUCUUCUAUGAAAGCAAGGCUCCGCUCCAAAAGGGUUCUUAUUGUUUUGGAUGAUGUGGCUAAUUCAGAGCAGUUAGAAUUCUUAGCUGGAAAGAAUCCUCAGUUUGGUCCUGGAAGUAGAAUAAUUAUAACAACCAGAGGAAAACAUCUAUUAAUUACAUAUGGAGUGAAUGAAAUACGAGAGGCUGAGGAACUGAGUCUGAAAACUGCUAUCAGGCUCUUUCAACAAUAUCAUCACACAGAAGAUGUCAUGACGCUCUCCAGCUAUGUUAUAGAUCAUAUUAAAGGCUUCCAACUAUUUUGUAAAGAUGCUGUAGGUUCUUUGCUAUUUGGGAAGAGCAAACUUGAAUGUGGAAGUGAAUUAAUAGAUAAUGAGUCUCAGUCAGACGAAGAUGAACAACUUUCCAGAUCCAUACAGAAAGGCUUUAUUUAUACUUAUCCUCCUUCUCUUGGAAAUGGAAGUAUCUACCAAGCCAUUCUAUUCCCUGUUUCGACCGGGUUCAAGAUCUGUGCUGGUUGCGGUGCUGAGAUUAUUCAGAGGCGAUAUCUGAAAUGCAUGGGCAAAGUUUGGCAUCCAGAGUGUUUUAGAUGCCAUGCUUGUGAGCAAUCAAUCUCUGACUAUGAAUUCUAUCUCUGUAGAGAGUCACCUUAUCAUAAAUCUUGCUACAAGGAGAAGUGUCGUCAAAAAUGUGAUGUUUGUGGGCAUUUCUUUUGGGCAAACCCUGCUGGUCCUAUGGAACAUAGGGAGCAUCCUUUCUGGGUCCAGAAGUACUGUCCUUCUCAUGAGCAUGAUGGAACUCCUUCGUGCGUUACCUGUGAGCGAAAGGAGCCAUGGGGCACAAGAUAUACGACUCUCAAAGACGGACGCAAGCUCUGCCUGGAGUGUCUAGACCAUGCAAUCAUGGACACUCAUGAAUGCCAGCCCCUCUAUCUUGAUGUGAAAAACUUCUUUGAAAGUUUAAAUAUUGUAGUGGAGCAGCAGGUUCCAUUACUCUUGGUUGAGAGACAGUCGCCAAGUGAAGCCACAGGUGCAGAAGAGAGCACUGUCAUAGACAUGAUCAGGGAGCCCUACAAACUGGUACCUGGUUGCAAAUUAACCACAUUUCACGUUUUGCACAGCCUUCCUAGGUUGCUGACUGGGGCGAUCCUAGCUCACCUGAUGAUGCGUGUAUGGCUGCGGCUUCGAGGUCACCGAGCUCUUACCCAACACGUUGAAGGAGGUAUCUGUCAAGUGCUAGCUUACAUGUGGUUGGACACCGAGCUCAUGUCGGGAUAUGGCAGUAAUAUUGCAUCAACCUCAUCAUCCAUGACACUUGCAUCCACUUCAUCAAGAAAGGGGGCGAGAUCUAAAUUUGAGAGGAAGCUUGGCGAGUUCCUGAAAUACCUGAUUGAAUCAGAUACUUCAGUGUAUGGAGAUGGAUUCAGAGAUGGUUACCAGUCAGUUCUUAGACAUGGACUUCGAACAACCGUUGACCAUAUAUUAAUGACGGGAAGAUUUCCAUAUACCCCUGAUCCUGAAUUUAGUUUAAUAAGUUGUAUUGGCGAUCAAGCUAGUUGAGGGCCUGACACUGAAGUCAGAGACUCACACAAUCAUACUACGAGAAGGGAACCAUCUCUCAAUGCUCUCCCUCCCACAGCUUAUAGAGAAGCGUGAUUCAAUCUCUAAAUCAAUUGUCUCUCUGCCUCUCUCUUGCGCUCUCCCUCUAUAUAUUGAAAUGUCUGAUUCAAUAAGUAUUUCAAGAACUCGGAAUCAACCAUCCCAUAUGUCGUUUGGUCUUGUUUUGAUGCUCUUAAUUCUUGGAAGUGAUGUACGUGGUGGAGGCAGAACCCGAGUGUUUGGUGGCCUUGAAGUCGGCGUCUUAACUAUUCGUGUUUCAUCUCACUCUUAAAAUAAGGA